UCUGCCUUUAAAUUUCCACAGAAAUGAGGUGAGGUCAUCCAGCAGCUCCCAACUCUCAUCACAUUCAUAGAUAGAUAAUUGGAUUUAGCAGGAGUAGUACAAGUACCCUCCAUUGCCUCUAGAUAAAUGCAAGAGCCUCUUCCCGUCUAUGCACCAUUGCUGAGCUCAAGAAGUCUCCUUUGCGCUGGCUUGCUUCCUGAAGCUAGAUCAUGAGCAGUUCAGACGAGUGGAUGUUCGAGAUGGAUUCUGAACCACCAUCAUCGCCAGAAGCCAUCUCCAUGCAUCACCAAACUCCAAGUCACAUCCUGGAGGAUAUGGUUGAGCCUAGCACACAGGAGGAGAUGGAGAUACAUGAGAGGGCUAUGAAGCACGUGAGGGAGAUGGGGGAGGAAAGGAAGAGGAGCAGCUUGAAGAGGAGGCUGAUGAUGAGGCUCAGGAAGGACGGCUACGAUGCAUCCCUCUGCAGGUCGUCUUGGGUCGCCACUACUGAGCACCCCGGAGGCGAUUACGAGUACAUCGACGUCGUGGUGGCGGGGGAGGACGACGGCGCGGCCACCUCCUCCAGGCUAGUCGUCGACAUCGACUUCCGGUCCCAGUUCCAGCUCGCCCGGCCGGCGCCGUGGUACGCGCACCUCUGGGCCCGGCUGCCGGCGGUGUUCGUGGGCCCGCGCGCGAAGCUCCGGAAGGCGGUGUCCCUGCUGUGCGCGGCGGCGCAGCGGUCGCUGCGCGAGAGCGGCCUGCACGUCCCGCCGUGGCGGAGGUCCGGGUACAUGCAGGCCAAGUGGCUCCCCCGCGACGUGACGCUGCCCGGUGGGGCCCCGGAGUUGGCGGUGGCCCAGUGGUCGGUCGCGAUGGGGAAGGAGUCCGGCGACGGGCCCCGGAGGUCUGGCACGGGCGGCGGCCUCUCCAUGGAGUUGUCCGGCUCCGGCGCUGAGGCGGACGGGUGCCAAGGCCAAGCUGGAUCCAUGUGGGCGUAGUGCUCCUCUCUUCUUCCAGCGUGAGAGGUCAGAUCAUGGUUUUAAAUCGCCGGCUAAGGCAUUUAGCGGCAAGACUGCCGUUACGACGUUUAGCGGGCUAUAGCCGGCAUUUAGCGAGCUAUAGCCGGUUUUAGCGGGAUAAAUGUCAUAGCAGUUGUUCUUUCUAAAGGCUAUAGCCGUCUAUAGCGGAAGCUAUAGCCGGCUAUUUAGAACAUUGGGUCAGAUAGGAUCAUAGGAGUAGACUAGAGUGGAAGGUAGAUGAACUAGCAACUACUAGUGCUUGCGGCAACAUUCACAACGAGUUGUUGCGUUUUUUGCGUUGUGGCACACGAGCUUUGUUGGGUUUCUGGGCUGCCGCACGAGAGAUUAGCAAUGCAAUUUAAUGUUUCCUGAUA